AUGCACGGCCUCCUGCUCGCCGCAACUCUUUUGAGCUUGCCGUUCAAUGCGGUGGCGCAUGUUCCGCCUACCACUGGUCUUGUUCGCCGUGGGGUUGACUUGGACUCCUUCCGCUUGAAUGAAAGGUCACAGUUCAAGAUUUCGGAACAAGUUGAGAAGGACUCUGGUGUCUCGGCUCUCCAUUCCCGCAACUAUGUCGAUGUUGCUACCAGGCUUGUGAAGCGGGUUGCUCCAAAGGCGACUUUCCGCCUCGUCGAUGACCACUACAUCGGCGAUACUGGAGUCGGUCACGUUUAUUUCCGUCAGACCAUCAAUGGAGUCGAUGUUGACAAUGGUGACUUCAAUGUUAAUAUUGGCAGAAACGGAAGAGUCUUUUCCUAUGGAAAUUCUUUCCAUACCGGAGACGUCCCUGAGUCCAACUUGAGGGUGAAAGAGGACCCCUCUAAUCCCGUUCAAGCAUUGCACGGAGCUCUCAAAGCACUCAGGAUCCCAAUCAAGGCUGAAAGGGCGGUUGCGGAGGCCACCAAUGAGGAGGAUGAUGAAGAUUUUGUGCUCAAGGGGACUUCCGGAGCUCUCGCUGACCCUACAGCCAAGCUCGUUUAUCUCAUGAAGAAUGACGGGAGCUUGGCUUUAACGUGGAGAGUAGAAACGGAUAUCGGUGAUAACUGGCUUCUGACAUAUGUUGACGCAGAAGAUACCACAAAGGUUCACAAUGUUGUUGACUAUGUGGCUCAUGCAACCUACAAGGUCUACCGUUGGGGAAUCGCAGAUCCCACUGAAGGCGAGCUCGAGGUAAUCUCGGACCCUUGGAAUCUUCGAACAUCUGAAUUCACCUGGCAUGGCAACGGAACCACAAGGUUCUCCACGACUAUUGGCAAUAACGGAAUUGCUCAGUCGAACCCUACCGGAGGCAGUGAAUAUCUCAACAACUACCGUCCUCAACCCGCUGAUCUCAAAUUCGAAUAUGAUUACUCGCCAUCUAUGAAUCCCCCGUCAACUUAUAUCGAUGCAUCGAUCACUCAGCUCUGGUACUCAGCAAACACGUACCAUGAUCUUCUUUAUAUGCUAGGUUUCAAUGAACGGUCUGGAAAUUUUGAAACCAACAACAACAACCAGGGCGGAAAGGGAAAUGAUUAUGUGAUCUUGAAUGCUCAGGAUGGCAGCGGCACGAACAAUGCCAAUUUUGCUACUCCUCCUGACGGCCGACCAGGCCGCAUGCGGAUGUAUAUUUGGACCAGAGCCAACCCUCCUCGUGAUGUCUGUUUCGAGGAAGGCACUGUUGUUCAUGAGUAUACUCACGGCCUUUCCAACCGUCUCACUGGUGGUCCUGCCAACUCAAGGUGUUUGAAUGCCCUGGAAUCCGGUGGUAUGGGUGAAGGUUGGUCAGACUUCUUUGCCACAGCGGUUCGUCUCAAGCCCAAGGAUACACGUCACACGGAUUACCCCAAGGGCGCAUGGGUUGCCAAUAACCCGCGCGGUGUCCGACAAUACGUCUACUCCACCAACAUGACCACCAACCCGCUCGUUUAUACCACCGUAAACUCGCUCAAUCAAGUCCACGCUAUCGGCACUGUUUGGGCUACAAUUCUCUAUGAAGUUCUGUGGAAUUUGAUUGACAAACACGGCAAAAAUGAUGGGCCGACGCCUAAGUUCCGUAACGGUGUCCCGACCGACGGUAAAUAUCUCGCCAUGAAGCUUGUCCUUGACGGAUUGGCAUUGCAACCUUGCAACCCCAACUUUGUCCAAGCCCGCGACGCCAUUCUCGAUGCUGACAAGAUUCUCACCGGUGGUCGCAACCAGUGUGAGCUUUGGAAGGGUUUUGCGAAGCGUGAAUUGGGAACGGGGGCUAAAUGGGAUCCAAGAAAUCGCGUUGGCAGUACGCGAGUACCCGUUAUUUGUAGGAUCUUUACUUAG